AUGCUCCUCGCCCCACAGGUGAAAUGCUACGGCUCGGUGCAGGGCACCAUCUACGACUAUGGGGCCCUGACCAUCGACGGGGACGAGUACAUCCCCUUUAGGAAGUACGCGGGGAAGAUGGUACUCUUCGUCAACGUGGCCACGUACUGAGGCCUCACCCUGCAGUACCUUGAACUGAAUGCACUACAAAAUGAGCUGGGGCCCUAUGGGCUCGUUGUCCUGGGCUUCCCCUCCAACCAAUUCGGGAAGCAGGAACCCGGCCAGAACUCGGAGAUCCUCCCUGCGCUGAAGUAUGUCCGGCCGGGGGGUGGCUUCACCCCCAACUUCCAGCUCUUCCAGAAAGGGGACGUGAAUGGGGCCAAGGAGCAGAAGGUCUACACCUUCCUGAAGAAUGCCUGUCCCCCGGUGGCGGAAGAGUUCGGGAACCCCAAGAACCUCUUCUGGGAGCCCCUGCGGAACCACGACAUCAAGUGGAACUUUGAGAAGUUCCUGGUGGGCCCCGACGGCGUGCCUGUCAUGCGCUGGUACCACCGCGCCAACAUCGCUGUCGUGAAGAACGACAUCAUCGCCUACAUGAGGCAGCAGCAGCAGGGCCAGUAGAGGUGGGGGAUGCCAGCCUAGAGGGUGGCUUCCCCCCUGCCGCUGGCACCCCCCUUGCUGUUGCAGGGCUGCUCCUCGUCCGUCCCCUCCCAGGAUGCUCCCCAGCAGCAGGAACCAAAUGCCGAGCCAGCACGCUGCCCCCUCCAUCGCUCCCGUCUCUGCCACCCCGUGACUGGGAUGCUGGGCUGGGCAACCCAGUGGCAGAGACCUCAGCGAUGGGCGGGGGAUAUUUCCCAAUAACCCCGUGUCCCACCUCCACCCCUGGCAGUGACAUCUCCUUCUGGCCCCCAGCUUGCCCCCCCCAGCUCUGCCAUCCCGCCUUGCUGGACAGCGGGGGGUGCAGGGGCCAGCCGCCCCCAGAGCAGAAGACCACGUCUCCAUGAAGGCUUAGCCCGAAAGCCCCCGGCGUGGGGCGGGCUUGGCCUGAUCCUGGUGGGCACGGAACAGCUCUUCAGUGCAUUCAAGCUGCCCGUGGCCCCAGCACAGAGACGUGCUCCUCUCCUGGCUGGGGAUGGCCAGCCCCUCGCCCCCUGCCACAGGAACGCCAAAUAAAGGCUCUGCAAACACA